CCAAAAUCAGCAGAAAAAAAAAGCUGCGGCUUUGUCUUCCCGAUUCCAGCAUCAUUCAGUCAAUCUCCUGUCGACCAUCUCAUCUAUCCGCCGUCCGAUUCCCUCCCAUCCUGCGAUUCUCUACCGGACGGAUCCCCUCAUCAACCUCCCUCCCUCCUCCAUCGGAUUGACACAACACUCGCAACCAUGUCGGACCCACUCCUCUUCGAAGACACCUUCACGAUCACCGGGAUCAACUCGCAGAAAUACGACCGCGUCGCCCGUCUGACCUGCACGUCGUCCGACACGGCCAGCAGCUUCACGCUGGACGUCAACUCGGAGCUGUACCCGUGCGUGGUCGGCGAGUCGGUGUCGAUGGCGCUGGCGUCGACGCUCUCGCUCGACGGCAAGGAAGACAGCGGAACAAAGACCGGCUGGAGGGACGUCGGCAUGGGCGAGCAGACUCUGGCCAACGACUACGACUAUGUCUGCCACGGCAAGGUUUAUCGGUUCGAGGAGGGUUCGACGGCCGGGAAUAUGGCGGUGUUUAUCUCCUUCGGCGGAUUGUUGCUUUACCUUGAAGGACCCUACAAGAAGCUGGCGCCCUUGAGAAUCGACUACGUGUAUCUGCUCAUGAAGAAAUAGAAUGGCAAAGCCCGUGCUGUUGUGAAUGUUCCGUAUAUUCGAAUCGGGCAUCUAUGGACCCUGCUCUCUUUGAAUACUCUGGUCUCAGGACCACAACAAACAAAAGACCUCCGAAAGACAGAAACAAGUGCACAUUGGUUGGAUGAUUUAAUUGCAGCGUCGGCGUUCGAUUGGUGACUGGCUGGGUAAACACAAAAAAUCCAAUAGAAUCUCAGAAUUUCCUCUC